CAGAAAAUAGUAUGAUAGAGUCCUGGUAAAGAGGAUUUAUAAUUACGGACAAUUGUUGUACAGUUGAUUAUUCACCUUUGUUUUGUAAGCAAAUACAAGCAACACGCCGUCCUACACAUGGAGCUACAGAGAUUCUAUCAACAGAAAAUCAAUGCAUCGACAUAAAACGUUGUCAUGAUUUGGUAGACUCGCGACAGUAGGAGGCAUGGUACUUUCAAUUGAAAGGUCUAGAUUAGAGUGAAAUCCAAAAUUUAAAAAAUGAGUCUAUGUGGAUUUACUGGAAAAAUUGACCAAAAUGAAACAGACACAGCAAAUUGUUCCAUGAAUUGUUCUACAUUAAAUUUGAUGAAUAGUACUUCCUCGAUGAGUUGGAUUAGUACAAAAAAUGUGAUAAAUUCUGGAAUGAUGUUUGCCAGUGGUUUCUUUGGGAAUCUGUUAGCUUUAAUUGUGUUGUUGAAGUCGAGUAAGGAGCAAAGAAGGACGAUAUUUUACCGACUCGUUGCUGGACUCACCAUUACAGAUUUGAUAGGGACCACUUUGGUCUCUCCGGUCGUCAUAAUUGUGUACGUGAAGAAAAUGUGGAUAGGCGGCGACUACUUAUGUACGUACUUUGGAUUCAUGAUGAUAAUGGCAGGAUUCUCCACCAUGACUAUUGUCUGUGCUAUGUCUGUAGAACGGAUAUUGUGCAUUAGACACCCUUAUAUUUAUUAUACUCGACUAUCGAAAAAACAUGCCACCUUUAUUCUAGUCGGGUGUUGGGUAGUAUCCGCAAUCAUAGCUUCAUUGCCCCUUUUGGGAUUUGGAGAAUUCGUAAGAAAAUACCCUGGAACUUGGUGUUACUUUGACUAUUACUCCAAAGAGCCAGUUCAUAUAGCAUUUAACUACUUCAUCAGUAUUUUAGCCAUGAGUAUUAUCAUUGUCACAAUGGGGUGCAAUUUGACAGUCAUUUAUACAAUCCUCAAAAGCAGACAAAAACAGGGAAUUCUGCGGAAGGAAGAUGGUACAUCGCGGUCCAUUCAUGGCGCCAGCAAACGUUACGCAGAAUGCCAGAUGCUUAUUUUGUUGGUAGGGAUAACUAUUGUCUUCAGUGCCUGCUACACUCCACUUUACGUUAGAAUUAUAAUGAACCAAACAGGCCUUGUCUGUAAUACCCUCUUGGAUUUACAAUUGAUCCGCCUGGCCUCAUUUAAUCAGAUCCUAGAUCCUUGGGUUUACAUACUCCUCAGGCGCGAACUUCUAUGGAAAAUAAUAUCUGGUGUGAAAUACAUUUUUAAUCGGAACCAAUCUGACAAAAAUACCUUAAAACAGAAAACUUUUGAUGUAGACAGCGCUAACUGUUGUGUGUUUUGCUUUCACUGUUUGUGUGACCCUCCGGUGGUACGACAGCGAUCCGGAUCCGUUUUCUCUCAAGACAGCCAAUACAUCCGCGCAUGCCCAGGAAGGAGUACACUAAAUGCUUCCAGUGUUUCUAACCUGAAAAGCACCUCACUGACCUCUUUAAAUGGACGGCAGUCAGUCCCAUUGCGGGUCUCUUCAGCGAAUGACGUGCAUAUGUUACUGCUCAAUAAUACACUAAGAAAGCAUGCGACGACCAAGAGUACCAACACACGGUUCGUGGAUGACAUUGAAAAUGAUUAGCACACGUGUGAUUGUAUUUUCUUAUACACCGGUACUGUCUCAGCUAAAUUUCGUGUACAAUCAAUCUUUACAUUAUGUUUUUUAUAUUUAUUACUGUAUACUUGUAUUUUCAAUAUACUUUUUCUAAGACAACAUUUUUUCACUAUAUAUUUUACAUUCCAGAUCGUA